CCAACCCAGACUCUUUCUCAGUCUACCUGCCAUACAUUGACGUGCCUGAGUGGACCACAGUGGAGCACCGCCUCUCCAAGGUCGCCCCCGCCCGCUACCGUGCGCUGCAGCUGCAGGUGAUCCACAUGAUCCCAUCGCUCAUCUAUGUGGAUCCCUCACACGUCCUCUCCAAUGUGCGCGAUGCCGUCGACAUUGCCAUCGAGCACAUGGUUGACCUCUGGCGCGACCGCAAGGCUCGGCACGACUAUCCCGUACCUUCCACGGCCACCGAGUCUGCCGGCACAGGCACGGAGACUAAAGAGGAAGGGGGUGGAAAACGACUGGCAGAUGCGACACUGGGCGAAUUGAGUGGGGGCGGCGAGGUAAUUGCUCAUGAAGAGGCGAAGGAAAGCAGCGAAGCCAACAAUGAAGGAGCAGGUCGAGGUGACCUCGUUAGGGCGUUUGCGUCGAAAAACGAUGCCGCGACGGGGGGAAGGGACAGCGAUGGCAAAGGGGAAGAUAGUUCUGGGCGGGGGAGCAGCGGAGGAGGCGGGGACGAUGCGGGGAAGGAAUUGCGCGGCGAGGGGACCGGUGGCGGAAGCGGCGGCGCAGGAGGCGCGAGUGACGGCGCAGGAGGCGCGAGUGACGUGGACUUUAUGGCGGCGGUGAUUAUCGACGAGGGACUGGCGGCGGAGUUGGCGGCGCGCGGGCAGACGGAGAAAUGGAAGGCCUUGGCGGAGGAGCUGCGCCUGGAUGCGGCAUCCGCGCUGGCGCUGGCCAUGGAGGAGUUUGAGGAGGUGCAGAGCGGUUCCGGGGUGGCAGCUGCGGAGAUGUCGGUGCUUCUGUGCACGGACGCUUAUAUCAGGGAGCUCAAUAGAGAGUGGCGAGGUGUAGAUGCGCCCACGGACGUCCUGUCUUUCCCCCAAGACCAGCCUGCGGGGCUCUCCCCUCUGUUGCUUCUAGGCGAUGUGAUUAUAUCGGUGGAGACGGCACAGCGGCAAGCCAAUGAGAGAGGGCAUUCGCUCUUGGACGAGCUUCGCAUUCUCAUGGUGCAUGGCAUGCUGCAUCUGCUGGGAUACGACCACGAGGCGCCCAAGGGGAGCGCUGCUGACUCAGCGAUAUCAGAAGCUGAGCUGGCGGCGGCGGUGCGUGAGUCAGCGGAACAGAUGGCAACAGAGGAGCUGCGGAUUUUGGAGGCCUUUGCGUGGCGGGGAACGGGAUUGGUGGCAGCUGCGAUUGGGGAAGAGGGGGGAGGGGCGGCAGAGGGGAAGGAGGGAAGAGGGGAGGCAGGAAGGGAGGGAGGAGAGGAGGGGAGAGGGGAGGCAGGAGGGGAGGAGGGUGAGAAGGGUGGUGUGAAGGGCAGGAUGACAAGGAUUGGCAUGGUGCAAGGGUGGACAAGAUUUGUGACAGUAACGGGGCAGGGAGAAGAAGCGGCGCUUGAGGAAGGAGGUUCGGGAUUGCACAAGGGGAAACACAAGGGCAAGCACGGGAAGGGGAAGGAGGGGAAGGGGAAGGAGAAGGGGAAGAAGGCUGAGAAGGUGCUUGAUGUGGGGGCGGAGAAGGAGAGAGAGCAUAAGAAGGGCAAAGAGAAGGAGAAGGAGAAGGAGAAGGGAGAUAAGAGGCGGACCAAGAAACCCCCUUUCCAGCUACUCUUGUGCGAUAUGGAUGGCACGCUGCUCAACAGCGCCAGCAAGAUCUCUCCCUCUACAGCGGAGGCGCUGCGAGCAGCGCACGCGAGGGGCGUGCGAGUGGCCAUCGCCACGGGCAAGGCGAGGCCUGCCGCCAUGUCUGCCCUGGGCGCUGCUGGGCUGGUGGGGUCUGCUGGGAUAUUCAGCGACAAGUCCCCGGGAGUGUUCCUGCAGGGUCUGAGGGUGUACGGCAAGGGAGGGCUGGUGGUGCACAACGCGCUGCUGCCCAACGAGGUCACGCAGGAGGGUUUUGAGUUCGCCCUGAAGCAUGGCAAGGCGCUGAUUGGCUUCUGUGGGGACCGCUGCGUGACACUUGUCGAUCACCCAUUGGUGGAGGCGCUGCACACCAUCUACUACGAGCCACGGGCGGAGGUGAUGCCGAGUGUGCACCACAUCAUGAACGAGACUCCCAUCCAGAAAUUACUGUUCUACGACACGCCGCACGGCAUUGACGGCUUUAUUCGUCCCUUCUGGUCGGCCGCUACAGCCGGCCGUGCUACAGUGACCCAGGCCGUGCCGGACAUGCUGGAGAUCCUGCCCCCUGGCCAAUCCAAAGGCGCAGGAGUGCGAGUGCUGCUGGACCAUCUCGAGUUCUCCGCUGAGGAGGUUAUGGCGAUUGGAGAUGGGGAGAACGACCUUGAAAUGAUUGAGAUGGUGGGUUGGGGAGUGGCGAUGGCGAACGGUUCUGAGAAGACCAAGGCUGUUGCGAAGGCCACAGUUGCAAGCAAUGACGAAGAUGGUAUUGCGGAAGCAAUUGAGAAUAUCAUCCGCGUUUCAAUCGCCAUGGACACGUCUGCUGCCGCGCAUCCUGCGCAGUUAUCGCUCCCCACCGCGCCUGAAUCGGGCCUCCGCGUUUCGCGGAGCGCGGGGAACGUGCAGGAAUCCGCGAAUGGCUCGAGCGCCGCGUCGACGCCGCGCAGCCACAAGGAGAUGGAGGCGCUCGCGUACUCGUCCGGCCAGAGCCUCGCGUCGGUUCUUAACGACCCGCGCCUCGGAAAGGCCGGAAUUUACGGAACCGAGAACGCGUGGACCUGGAUUACCGCGCAGCGACCGGUGGAGCCGGCUUUAGAGGGUCCUCCGCCUUUGCCGCCAGAAAUUCAAGAUUUUCCCAUGUCGGAAUUUCAGCCGUAUUUGCAGCGAAUGAGGGAGCCGUAUGGGCGAUUCGUUGACGUGCAGGAGCAUUCCACGUGGGAGUUGGCAACUGGGGAAGCGCCAGGUGCUGACGUGGACAGCGAGGGGAGAGAGGAACGGAAAGGGAAGGGUGUUUUAGCAUCACGGUCAGAAGACCUAGUCGAGGUGCACUUAGUUAAAGAAAUCUCUUCCCGGUCGGACUCAUUCUUCGAGGCCCUAGAAAAGCUGGAAGAUCUGAACCGUGGGAUCGUGGAGACGUGCGAUCGCAUCCGUCAGUUGCGCGGCACGGUGGGCAUGCUGGAUGAGGAUCUGCUGGAAGGAUCGCGGAAGCUGCAGGCGACCAAGGUUCGGCGGGAGAAUUUGCUGCAGCUGCAUCAGAAGCUGAAGCUAGUGGCGUUCGUGCACCAGGCCAUGGCGACAUUGAAGCUGCUGGUGUCAUCGGGCGACUGUGCGGGCGCAUUGGACGUGAUGGACGACUUGAGGCGCCUCAUGGACGGCCAGGAGCUCGCAGGGCUGCACUGCUUCCACCACCUCAACCACCUCCUAGUGUCCUCCUCCGAUGCCGUCAACAGUCUCCUAACAGCCGACUUUGUGAGGGAAGCUGUGCACGAUGCUGCUGACGUGGCGCCCUCCGCUAUAGUCACCAGCUUCAACCUCCAGAAGAGUGUGCCGCCCGCUGAAACGCUGCUCUCUAUAGUCAACCUCGAACGCGAGGGCAUGGAGGAGAGGGAGGCUCGCCUGAGGGAGCAUCUGCUGCCGCUCGUUAUCAGCCUGCUGCGCACAGUAAGGGGGCAGGGGUCAGGGGUUGCGCCAUCACUCGCCCUCAAGCUCCGUGCCCUCGCCCCGCCCGCCUUCGUCCACUUGCUGCUCGCCGUCUUCUCUGCCGUCCAGACCCGCCUCGUGCGGGCGGCAGCCGUUCGGAACGUAGUGUCCAGCAUCGCCACCGCUGGAGCUGCUGCCGGUGCUGCAGCUGGCGCCGCCGAGCCUGCGGCCCUCGCAGGCUCGGAGGGGUACGAGGCUGCUGCCGUGGCUGCGGCGUUUGCUUCGGGGGCAGAGCGAGUGGUGGCUGCCGAGGCUGCUGAGUCGAAGCUGUUGGGGAGGAAAGGGGUGGGGAAAGGCUUGGGAGGGGGAGGGGCGAUAGGAGGCGUUGGGGGCGCAGCAGGCAGUGGCGAGGCAGCAGGGGGCGAUGUGAGCAGUGUUGCUGCUUUAGCCACAUCAAAGCAGCUCAGAGCCGACGUGUUGAGGGAGAAUGCGGAGGCAGUAAACGAUGCGUGUGAGGUGGCGCAUGGGCGGUGGGCGAAGCUGCUGGGAGUGCGAGCGCAGGUGCAUCCGAAGCUGUCUCUGGGGGACUUCGUGGACAUGUAUGCCGUGACUUCGGACUUCAUUGCGUCCACUGAACGGGUGGGCGGCAGGUUGGGCUACAGCAUACGUGGCGCGCUACAGUCGCAGGCCAAGGCGUUUGUUGAGACACACCACUCGAGGGAGAUGGCGCUCAUCCUCUCCCUCCUCAACAAGGAGACUUGGACGGCUGUGGAUGCCACUCCUGAGACUCAGGCACUUGUUGACUUCUUCUGCACCUUCCUGGAUCCUUCCGCCGAGGCCGCUGCUGCGGCCGCUGCUGCUGUUGCUGUUGCUGCUUCUGAUGCUGCCGCUGCCACAGCUGCUGCUGAUGCCGCUGCUGCUGCCUCUGAUGCUGCUACUGCUGCUGCUGAUGAGGCAGCCGCUGCUGCUGCUGCUACUGCUGCUGCUACUGCUGCUGCCACUGCUGCUGCUGCUGCUGCUGCUGCUGCUGCUGCUGCUGCUGCUGCUGCUGCUGCUGCUGCGGUUGAUAUGACUGCUGCUUCUGAUGCUGCUGGGACUGCUGUGGAUGGGUACAGGGCUGCAGAUGAGGCUGUGCGUGACACAGCAGCAGCCAAUGGUCCAGUGACAGGUGGCGCUUUAGCACAGGCUGGAGGUGGGGUGAGGGAAGAUGGGGCACAAGGGUCAGGACAGCUAGAACAGGCAACAGAGGGUGAUAGGGGUGACGGGCAAGGGCAGGAGAAUGCCAGAGUAGGGGAAGGAGGAGAAGCAGGAAGAGGGGAGACUGAGAGGGUAGGGGCGGAGGGGGUGGAAAAUGGAGGGGGAUCGAGGGAGGGAGGUGAGGGAGAGGCAGAAAGCGCAUGCACGCUGCUGUCAGUGACUCGCGAGUACGUGGCAGUGGCAGAGGCGCUGCCAUCACUGGCAGGGGAGGUGGUGCAGCGACUGGCCGACCUGCUGAAGCUCUUCAACUCGCGCACCUGCCAGCUCGUGCUGGGUGCUGGUGCCAUGCAGGUGUCAGGGCUGAAGACCAUCACAGCCAAGCACCUCGCACUCUCCAGCCAAUGCAUCUCCCUCGUCUAUGCUCUCAUCCCCGACCUGCGGCGCAUUCUCUCUGCCUUCAUCCCCGAUGCGCGCCGAGGGCUCGUCAUAUCACACCUUGACCGCGUGGCUCAGGACUACAGGGUGCACAGGGACGAGAUCCACAGCAAGUUGGUGGCGAUCAUGAGGGAGCGCCUGCUGGUGCACCUGCGCUCCCUGCCCGCAGUAGCUGACACAUACGCCCGCCCAGAUGACUCCCCUGCCGAGCAGCAGCCCUCCAACUUCGCCCGCGCUCUCACCAAGGAGGUGGGGGUGCUGCAUCGCAUCCUCUCCCCUUUGCUUCUCGAAGCCGACCUUCGCUCCAUCUUCUCGCGGGUGGUGGCGCUGUUCCACGUGCAGCUCGCUGACUCCUUUGCCAAGAUCGACACGCCCACGCCGCAGGCCAAGCGCAGAAUGUACCGGGAUGUGGAUCUCAUUCUACAGUGCAUGCGGUCGUUACCUGGUAACCCACCAACGUCGUCAUUCGACGGGCGGCAGAGAGAGCUUGACCAGUUUGUGCUCUCUAGGUUUGGGAACAGUGGCCCCCCUCCAUGA